AUCAAUGAGCUAUUAGCUAUAAGAAGGGCCACAAGUCUCGACUGAAUCAAUAUCCAAGGCUCUUUACUAUAACCUGAACAUUCAGAAAACAACUUAAUCUGAUAGUCCAAAAUGGCGACAAUCAACACCCAUGACCGGCAGCCAGACGUCCCAGCACAUUCUGAGUAUCAUAAGUCGGCAUUUACCUUGCCAAAUGGAUGUCCGAUCGACAACCCUUACAACUCGGAGAAGGUCCAACAGAAAAAUGGAAACACCUACAAGAUGUCGCAGCUCCUGCAGGACACCUACAAUAUGGACCAGAUAGCCCAUCUCAGCCGUGAGCGUAUCCCUGAAAGAUUCGGUCACGCCAAAGGAUGCGGCGCUUAUGGAGAAUUCACUGUGACGAGCGAUGAAAUCCAGAAGUAUACCUGCGCCGACUUCCUCUCUGCGAAGGGCAAGAAAACUCCAUUGUUCUCUCGUUUGUCCACCACGUCUGCAUUCCGAGGCUCGGCGGACACGGUUCGUGAUACCAGAGGAUUUGCGUUCAAGCUUUACACGGAAGAAGGAAACCUGGAUUGGGUCUUCUUCUGGCCUGGCGUCUUUUCCAUCUGGGAUGUUGGGAAGAUCAUCUCCAACAACCAUGCGACCAAAAAGUGCCCUGCCACUGGCAUGGCAGAUCCCAACAUGCACUUCGAUUUCGUUACGAAAAACCGCGAGGCGCUCAAUUCCUCGAUCAGACUUCACAGUGAUGACGGAACCCCAAGAAGAUUCAAUGAUAUCACCAUUGGGAGCCUGAACACAUACACGUUUGUCAAGGACGCGGACAACUAUUCCUAUGUCCGAAUCACUUUGGUGCCCGCUCACGAGAUCCACACUCCAUUCACCAACGCCGAGGCUGCUGCCCAGGCUGGUGUGGACUCGGAUUAUCACAUCCGCAGAUUGUAUAAACAAAUCUCAAAGAACACCGACAAGGAAGCUGGAUAUAAGUCGGAGAUACACAAGCUAACCGAACAGCUUCAGAAAGGCAACCUUUCAAAGGAUGAACAAAAGAAACUGUGGGAGAAGAUCCAGGAAAAUGAACAAAACAUCGAGAAGUUGGUUUGGCCAGAGUGGAAGGUGGUGGCCCAAAUCAUCCAACCAGAGGAUGUGGAGAAAGUCAAAGUCAACAUCUUGGACGCCAGCAAAGUCUUCCCCAAAGACCAAAACGAUAUCAUCAAAACGAUCGAAUUUGGCAGGCUAAGGCUCAAUCGCAUCCCGCGCAACCAAUUCGCGGAGGUUGAGCAGGCGGCAUUCUGUGCGGCCAACAUCGUUCCAGGAUGGGAUAUUACCCCGGAUCCAAUGCUCCAAGCCCGUAUAUUUGCCUACCCUGAUACCCAGCGUCACCGACUGGGCGUCAACGCUGAGCACCUGCCAGUCAAUCGCCCCAAGAGGGUGUGGAACCCGCUCAGACGGGACGGUCCCAAUUCGCUCUUCAACUAUGAAGACGUUCCCACCUACGUGGCGGAUUACAAGCAGACACAGGCUCUUCCGGGUACGAGGACCGCCUCAAGUUUCGCCAACCCGGAUCCGUGGACAGAGACAUCAAAGUCAAAGGUGCCACGUUGGGACUCGGGCAUUGACGUGACGAGAGGAUUGAACGAGUGGGGAGAACAGGAUCCUCUAGAACAACCGCGGGAUUACUACUUCAACGAGCUCGCUGGUCCCGCACCAGAGAAGCAUCGCGACCCUCAGUAUGUGGCAAAGGCCGAGGAAAAGGGAAUCGAUUACCGGCAGUGGGCGUUGGUCGAAAACUACGCCCAGCACCUUCACGGAGUCAGAUGGGAUAUCCGACUUAGAACAUAUGCGAUGUUCUUCGAGAUGGAUACAGUCAACAGGGAAGGCAAAUGGCCAACCAAGAAGAACUUGGGCCAUCUGAUUCGAGAGCGCACUGUCGAACUCAUCACUGCCAGUAAACAUGCCGAAGACAGUGACGACGAGGAUGAGGAAGACCUCCCAAGAUACGCCAGCAUUCCAUCGCUUGAGGUGUCUCGGGCUCUGGGGACUGCGACUAAUCCCUAUCCGGAUGUUUCUCUCCAGGGUGCCCACAAGCUUCCUGAUCACGACUUGAGCUUCUUGCCCAACUGAAGGAUGUCGAUCCUGUCGUUUUUCCUGUUCUGUAUUUCUCUUAAUAGUGUGUGUUCAUGGACUAAGAUAGUCUCUUAAUAACUAACUAGUUACUGGUUUAGAUUAGUAAAUUGAAUCUGUUGUCUGCUCUGUAAAUCAACCGC